UGCUGAGUAAGAUAUUUUGAAUUUUUGAAUUAAUAAUUGUGAUACCCAAGCAAUAACAAAUGAAAAUUUUAGCGAUAGUUGUGAAGUCAUUUCAUACUGAAGCUGGACUGAAAUAACUCUCUUUCCUUUUAUGCGAUUUGAUUUACAUCAAAAAUCUGACUUGAUUAAUUCUGUAAGUGCUGCUGUUAAUAAAUUACAUUGAAACAUGGAUGCCAAUUCUCUGAAUAGCGAAAUUAAUUCUUCUGUUCCACUUGAAGAGACAACGAAAAGUGAAAAAAUGUCGAAGCGACAGCAAAAGCGAAUAGAAAAAAUGAGAAGAUGGCAGGAAUUAAAGCCGCUUCUUAAGGCCAAAGAAAAAGAAAAGAGAAAGCUAAAAAUAAAGGAAGCGAAAGAAAGUGGGCGUGAUUUGGGACCAAGUAGGAAGAUAUUAAAGUCUUUAAAAAUGGCAGACUCUACUUGCAAACUUAAAGUAUGCUUUGAUUUAUCUCUGGCAGAUGUUAUGACUCCUUCUGAGUUUUCAAAAACUUUUAAGCAGCUUCAUAGAUGCUAUUCAAUUAAUAGGAGAGCUAAAGCCCCUUUACAGUUGUAUAUUUCUGGAUAUAGUGACCCAACUAAAGUUGCCAUGAGUAAAAUGUCUGGAUGCUUUAACUGGGAUGUUAAUUUCAGCCAGAACUCAUAUUCUGAACUAUUUGAGAAGCAAAAUAUUGUGUAUUUGACAAGUGACUCGCCAAAUGAACUUGAAACAUUAGAUCAUAGCAAAACGUAUGUGAUUGGUGCGCUAGUUGAUCAUAAUCGACUUAAAAACUUUUGCUUUGAAAAAGCUGAAAAAGAUGGUAUUGAUCAUGCUAAACUACCGUUGGAUUCAUAUUUCAAGUUUAAGACUAGAAAAGUUCUUACCAUAGAUCAAGUAUAUUUAAUUUUUUUAAGGCUUACGGAAGGCAAAUCCUGGGUUGAUGCAAUUGUUGAAACCGUGCCAAAACGUAAAGGCAUUGAACUUAAAGAUGAAGUAUGUAAUGAUACAGAGGCGCCUUCUGUUGAUAUGCAUUGUUCUGAUGAUGAAGAAAUCGUGCUUGAAAAUGUUUAGUUAUUGCGCAGAAAUCAUUUUAAUGAUUUUCAAUCAAUGCCUAAGUGUGAUUUGCUUUUUGUAUGAUUCUACUUUAUCAAUA